UGGGAGAUGGCAGUGAUGGAAGUGGCCUGUCCAGGCGCUCCUGGCUCAGCAGUCGGGCAGCAGAAGGAGCUCGCCAAAGCCAAGGAGAAGACACAGUCACUAGGGAAGGAGCAGAGCUGCCUCUACAAGCUUGAGGUCGUGGAGAAGAGCCCCGUGUUCUGUGGGAAGUGGGAGAUCCUGAACGAUGUGAUCACCAAAGGCACAGCGAAGGACGGUUCUGAGGGGGGGCCACCCGCCAUCUCCAUCAUCGCCCAGGCAGAAUGUGAGAAUAGCCAAGAGUUCAGCCCCACCUUUUCAGAGCGCAUUUUCAUAGCAGGGUCACAGCAGUACAGCCAGUCUGAGAGUCUUGAUCAAAUCCCCAACAAUGUGGCCCAUGCAACCGAAGGCAAAAUGGCCCCUGUGUACCGGAAGGGAAAGCGUCACAGCAAAGCCCGAAAAAAACGUAAGAAGAGGAGGUCGAAGUCUCUGGCCCAGGCAGGAGUGGCCUUAGCCAAGCCCCUGCCCAGAACCCCUGAGCAAGAGAGCUGCACCAUCCCAGUGCAGGAAGAUGAGUCUCCACUAGGCAACCUCUAUGCAAGAAAUGUCUUCCAGUUCACCAAGCCUCUGAAGGGGCCAGGCCUUGGCCACCUGUGCUUUAAGAAACAAGGCGAAGGCCUGCAACCAGUGACGCCUCGGCCAGAACUCCACAAAUUGAUCAGCCCCUUGCAAUGUCUAAACCACGUGUGGAAACUCCACCACCCCCAGGCUGUAGGCCCCCUCCCCCAUUCCACUCACCCUUUCCCCUACAGCAGACUGCCCCAUCACUUCCCAUUCUACCCUCUGGAGCCCUGGAGACCCUAUCCGCUGGAAUCCCUCUUCCUGGACAAACUAGCUGGUAUUAGAGGCCAGCAACCCCUGUCUGGCCUACCCCACUUAAGCAAACUGGCCUACAGAGACAGUCAGAAGCCCCUGCGUGGCCCCCACCUGGAGUCCAGCUACCCAGCUCAAGGUGCCCAAGAAAAGGUCCCUGUGGAGGAGUAUCUCAUCCACGCACUACAAGGUAGUGUGAGCUCGGGCCAGGCCAACAGCCUGGCCAGCCUGGCUAAGACGUGGUCCUCCGGGAGUGCCAAGCUGCAGAGGCUCAGCCCUGAGACCGAGGACAACGAGGGUGUCCUGCUUACUGAGAAACUCAGACCAGUGGAUUAUGAGUACCGAGAAGAGGUCCACUGGGUGACACACCAGCCCCGCUUGGGCAGAGGCUCCUUCGGUGAGGUCCACAGAAUGAAGGACAAGCAGACAGGCUUCCAGUGUGCUGUCAAAAAGGUACGGCUUGAGGUGUUUCGGGCAGAAGAACUGAUGGCCUGUGCUGGGCUCACCUCACCCAGAAUCGUCCCUCUCUACGGAGCCGUGAGAGAAGGCCCUUGGGUCAACAUCUUCAUGGAGCUUCUAGAGGGUGGCUCUCUGGGCCAGCUCAUAAAACAGAAGGGCUGUCUGCCAGAAGACCGAGCCCUGUACUACCUGGGCCAGGCCCUGGAGGGGCUGGAGUACCUCCACAUCCGAAGGAUUCUGCAUGGUGAUGUCAAAGCUGACAAUGUGCUCCUGUCCAGUGAUGGAAGCCGAGCUGCCCUCUGCGACUUUGGCCAUGCCUUGUGCCUGCAACCUGACGGCCUAGGAAAAGCCUUGCUCACAGGGGACUACAUUCCUGGCACAGAGACCCACAUGGCCCCGGAAGUGGUGAUGGGGAAGCCCUGUGAUGCCAAGGUGGACAUCUGGAGCAGCUGUUGCAUGAUGCUGCAUAUGCUGAAUGGUUGCCACCCCUGGACUCAGUACUUCCGAGGCCCGCUCUGUCUCAAGAUUGCCAGCGAGCCUCCGCCUGUGAGGGAAAUUCCACCUUCCUGCGCACCCCUCACAGCCCAGGCCAUCAAGGAGGGGCUGCAGAAAGAGCCUGUUCACCGAGCAUCUGCCGUGGAGCUUCGAGGGAAGGUGGGCCAGGCAUUACAGCAAGUGGGAGGUCUGAAAAGCCCUUGGAAAGGAGAAUAUAAAGAACCAAGGCCUCCACCCCCAGACCAUGCCACCUGCCACCAGACCCUACACACCCCACCGAGAGAGAACCCGCCAGCCAAGGCCGACACAGCCGGAGCCCCUGAGCCUCAGCCUCCUCUACCGCCAGAGCCACCCGAACAGAACAGAGCGACGGCCUUGAACCUGAGCAAGGAGGAGUCUGGCACAUGGGAACCCUUGCCUCUGUCCUCCCUGGACCCAGCCCCUGCCAAGGGCCCCAGCUUCCCAGACCGGAGGGCAACCUUUCCAGAGUUGGAGCUGCAACAGCUGGAGAUAGAACUGUUUCUCAACAGCCUGUCCCAGCCGUUUUCUCUGGAGGAACAGGAACAGAUUCUCUCAUGCCUCAGCAUCGACAGCCUCUCACUGUCAGAUGACAGUGAAAAGAACCCGUCCAAGGCCUCUCAGAGCUCACGUGACACCCUGAGUUCUGGCGUGCACUCGUGGAGCAGCCAGGCAGAGGCCAGAAGCUCCAGCUGUGGCAUGGUGCUGGCCCGGGGGCGGCCCACAGAUACCCCAAGCUACUUCAACGGUGUCAAGGUCCAAAUACAGUCUCUCAAUGGCGAGCACUUGCACAUCCGCGAAUUCCAUCGGGUCAAGGUGGGAGACAUUGCAACUGGCAUCAGCGGCCAGAUCCCAGCCCCCGCCUUCAGCUUGGUGACCAAAGACGGACAGCCUGUUCGCUAUGACAUGGAGGUGCCAGACUCGGGCAUCGACCUGCAGUGCACCCUGGCCCCCGAUGGCAGCUUUGCCUGGAGCUGGAGGGUCAAGCAUGGCCAGCUGGAGAACCGGCCCUAGCCCCAUCCAACCGUCACCACCUCCUCUCUGGCCACAGCAGGCUGCCUUUGAAUCUCAGUAUGCGGAGCUGCCCUGACGCCAGCUGAGUCUGCUCAGGGAGUCCCUGGUUCAGCACCAAGCCCAGGGCUUGCCUCCCGAGUGCUGCUGGCCCCUGGGGGGAGGAAGACAGGGGUCUCAUCCCCCGGGAAAAGCACCAGCGCUGUCGGUGAUGCUCCAAGCAAGGGAGCCAGACCCACACGAUCAGUCAGCACUUGCCAGCAAUUGGGGAGCAGCUUCUAGCCUUCGUCACAAAGAGCAGGUACCCCUAGGAAGGCAGGAGAGUGUCUAAGGGUUCCUGUCCAGCUCAGACGAGGGCAAGGCAGCAGGUGUGCCUGCCCAGGCCCCCCUCCCCCCGUUGUCUAGCCUCCCUGGCCAUUGACUAGUGUGAGAUGGAGAGAGCAGGAAGGACACUAGCUCCUUGGUGGAAUGCACCACACUUGCAGGUUAUUGCAGCCCAGGUCCUAAGUUGAGCUGAGAAGUGAUUCUCAGACCUCAAGUUUGUGGCUGCUGGAUAUGGCUCCUCCUCAGAGAGUGAGGCCUCACUGAGGCCUACCCUCUGGCUAGCUGGCACUCUAAUCCCUCAUCUGUGAAAAUGAAGGAUGACCUGAGACCCACCUGAUAGGAACGGUCCGUGAAUGAUAGAUGCUAAAGAAAGCCACAGAUGGUAAAGAAAGCCACUUACCCUCCAGGGCAAUCGGUCAAAAUCCAGCUUGCCAGCUUCGUGGUGGCAAGAUACAGCCAGCAGCACUUUGCACUCUGACGAGCUCAAAAGCACUUUCCUGGCUCCCUUCCAGCAGAGCACUGGCUCUGCGUGGACACAAGCAGGCCAGGGGAUGGGGAAGGGACUGUCUUGACCCAUCAUCCACCGCAGGCUUGACCCACCUCAAGCUUCUUUCAGAGUUAAGAUGAGCACCCCUACCCGCACUGUCCUAGCCAGAGCUUCUCCUGGUGGGAUUUGGGAAUAGCUGCUUAGGACUCAUGUAGCAUUAAGUUAACUGUGAAUCAUUGUGGGGAGGGGCACAGAGAGCCCCUCCGCUGGAGAAACGCAUCCCCCCACCCCCACCCCAGCCAGCCAGGAUAGCUUCUGCCCAGCUAUUGGCAAGGGGAGGCUGCUCCUGGCCCUCGUGAGGAACUGCAGCCACGGUGCUGCAUUUGGGGUGUGCUGAGCACUGCAAGCAAUAAAGUUUGGAACGAUACCGGGUA